AUGAAACCUACUUCGUCCAACCGUCCAUUUUCAGAUCGAGUGCCAGACAAAUUUAAGGAUGGGGAUGAUGCCCAUGUUGAUUUCACAGCUCCACCGCGAGGUAUGGGUUCACGAGACGGCAACGUGCAUUACAUGCAACAGUCUCUCUUUUCCAUGAUUGCAGCAGUUGGAUCCAAGUCUGAUUUCCAUGCUCGAUUUGAGGAUUCAAGUGACAGUGAUGGGGAGAUGGAAGGAGACUUGCGGAGGGAACAAAGGGAACAAACUUAUGGCAAGUCACCAUUUCCGACACCAGUGCCGUCGUUGGACUCGCACCAGCCAGGCGUGGUAUCAAACGUAAACCCACUUGGUAAGGAGGAAAGAGGACGCCACCAUCAAAGGGCAAGGACGGACAAUAAGCCUUUACAAAGUCUAUACCAACUCGAACCAGAGUCAAACAAGUCAUCAAACCAAUGUCGCUCGGCUCUCAUCGCACCACCGCGACGAACUCGCAGUGCGACGCCACGGGCAGCACCCAUAUUGAGUCGCAUGGUUGAAGCGCAGACUCAUUUUGACUCAACAUCCGCAACAUCACAUUUGCCAACCAAUCCUGACAGCACCAUAGAAGACCAGCCUCAGUCCUCCACCUCAGCUCUUUCUACACGUUUGAUGAAGAUGUUUGGGUUCUCAAAGCCUGAAAAGGUUUUGGUCGAGUAUGCUUGCUCGCUACUCCAGAGCAUGCUACUUCAAGGCUACAUGUAUGUGACUGAAGAUCACAUUUGUUUCUAUGCCUACCUCCCAAAGAAGUCCAAUGUGGCGAUAAAGUCAGGGAACCUAGCCAAACGCGGUCGUAAGAAUCCUACGUAUAAUCGCUAUUGGUUUGCUUUGAAGGGCGAUGUCCUCUCAUAUUACGCAGAUCCCUCAAAUCUCUAUUUUCCCAGCGGACAUGUUGAUCUUCGAUAUGGGAUAUCUGCAUCUCUUGCGGAACGCAAAGACAGUGAUGCAAAAGAUUUCCAAGUCACCACAGAUCAACGGACUUAUUAUUUCAGAGCAGAUAGCGCUACAAGUGCCAGGGAAUGGGUGAAAGCUCUCCAGAAAGUCAUAUUCCGGACGCACAAUGAAGGCGACAGUGUCAAAGUGUCAUUCCCAAUAGCGAAUGUGAUUGACCUGGAGGAGAGCCCAAUGGCCGACUUUGCGGAGACAUUUAAGAUCCGAGUCCUCGACAGUGGCGAAACAUAUGCGAUUGAUGAGUACUUCUUUUCCUUUUUUGAGUCGGGCCAGGAUGCUUUCAACUACAUCAAAGGAUUGGUCAAUGCUGUCGUGGCUACUGCGUCAUCAAAAGAGCUGCAAGGCCAACAUGAUGCAAAAUUGCCCCCCGGACCAAGCCGUAGUGCCCAAAAGAUACAGUCAGUUAUCAGGAUCCCAACCUCUGGCCGAACGCAGGGAAACUCACCACAUAAGCGAAGUUCAAGUGUCCGAAAUGCAAACCAAGGCUCAGCGGAUUCAUUUGCGGAGCAAGGGACCGAAUCAUCGCCCAUUAUACAGUCAAUGACAGACACCACUGAAUCGGCGAGCCAAAUACUCAACAGAAGCGACGUAUUCCAAUCACCCACUAUGCGCACGUUGCAAAGACGCUCGUCGGAUGUGGGAGAAACCGUUCGACGACGCUCCGAUGACACGACACCUUCUGCAUCUGCGCGGCUGGCCCAGGGUGCAACGGUAGAAUCCCCAUCAGAAACCCUCCUUGGUAAAAAUACAGAGGAUAUGCGCUAUCCCCUCGGCCAAGCUGAUCCAAUGAAAUCCUCAAGGCCCGGUUCAGUUACCCAUUUGAACGAGCUUGUCAAAGCAGGUGCAUAUCCUCUCCAACGCGCUGCUGGUUUUGCAGAAUACUUGAAAAGCCGCUCAAAACAGAUGAGUACACUGUUGGCAACCGAAUCGAUGGGCUAUAUAGAAAAGGUUUCCGGCAUGUGGAUUGGUGGCCAAAAGCAUUAUGGCGAACGGGAAGGGCCGCUGCUUGAAGACCAGAACGUUGAUCCCGAAGAUAACGAGGGUGGCUUCAAUUAUGGGGACCGUUUCCGUGCGCAUUUUGCUCUUCCGUCUUCUGAAAGACUGCAGGCGACAUAUUACGCAUAUUUGCAUCGUGUGCUUCCGCUUUACGGUAAGAUCUAUAUAAGCCAGAAGAAACUCUGCUUCCGCAGCCUGAUUCCUGGUACUCGGACCAAAAUGAUUCUACCGUUGAAAGACAUCGAGAAUGUUGAAAAAGAGAAAGGCUUCCGCUUUGGAUAUCACGGGCUUGUCGUCAUCAUCCGUGGCCAUGAAGAGCUUUUCUUCGAGUUCAAUGCAUCGGAUGCAAGAGAUGACUGUGCUGUCACAUUGCAUCAGAAUCUGGAGUCCGUGAAAUACCUAGUGGAAUCUGGUUUGCUAGCAGAGGAAGAACGCGAUGAAGUUGAGGCCGCCAAGGCCGAGCAUCGCAUGCUUCAGGAAGCCAGACUGGACAACCCUGAAGAGAAUGAUGUGCGCCAAUCUCUCACCGAGGAUUCAUCGGAGAUACAUCCAUUCUUUGACGAUCCUCGCGCUUCAAUCAUUAACUUUAAACCCGCCAAGCCCUUGAAGAUUACCUGUCUAACUAUCGGCUCCCGAGGCGAUGUUCAACCUUACAUCGCGCUUUGUAAGGGGUUGCUGGCGGAGGGCCACAAGCCGAAAAUCGCAACUCACGCCGAGUUCGAGCCAUGGAUCAGGAAACAUGGGAUUGACUUCGCUCCAGUUGAUGGUGAUCCCGCGGAGCUGAUGCGUAUUUGCGUUGAAAAUGGGAUGUUCACAUAUUCCUUCCUUCGGGAAGCUUCCUCAAAGUUCAGAGGAUGGAUCGAUGAUCUGUUGUCGUCAGCUUGGGCUGGUUGCCAGGGCAGUGACCUGCUGAUUGAGUCGCCAAGCGCCAUGGCAGGGAUUCAUAUUGCAGAAGCUUUGCGAAUUCCUUACUUCCGCGGCUUCACCAUGCCUUGGACCAGAACACGGGCCUAUCCGCAUGCUUUCGCAGUGCCAGAAAAUCGAAUGGGCGGAGCAUACAACUAUAUCACGUACGUGAUGUUCGACACCAUUUUCUGGAAAGCCAUCGCAGGACAAGUCAACCGAUGGCGAAACAACGAGUUAGGGCUGAAGGCCACUACUUUGGACAAAAUGCAGCAAAACAAGGUUCCGUUCUUGUAUAACUACUCUCCCUCCGUGGUAGCUCCGCCUCUCGAUUACCCGGAUUGGAUCCGCAUUACGGGCUAUUGGUUUUUGAACGAAGGUACAGAUUGGACUCCUCCAACUGAGCUAUCGAACUUCAUUGCGCAGGCCAGGGCAGACGGCAAGAAGAUCGUAUACAUUGGUUUCGGAUCCAUUGUAGUUUCGGACCCGUCUGCCCUCACACGGACGGUCAUCGAAUCAGUGCAGAAAGCGGAUGUCCGCUGCAUCCUUUCAAAAGGAUGGUCUGAUAGGCUGGGUGACCCAGCCAGCACGAAGGCUGAAAUCCCCUUGCCACCGGAGAUUCACCAGAUCCAAUCUGCGCCUCACGACUGGCUAUUCUCUCAAAUUGAUGCUGCAGCUCAUCAUGGCGGAGCAGGAACCACUGGUGCAAGUCUUCGAGCCGGCGUCCCCACUAUUGUCAAACCGUUUUUCGGUGACCAGUUCUUCUUUGGCUCUCGGGUGGAAGACUUAGGCGUCGGCGUCUGCAUGAAAAGACUAAAUGUCAGUGUCUUCUCGCGGGCCCUCUGGGAAGCCACGCAUAGCGAACGAAUGAUUGUAAAGGCAAGGAACCUGGGCAUCCAGAUCCGUAAUGAAGACGGUGUAGCCACGGCAAUCCAGGCUCUCUAUCGCGAUUUGGAAUAUGCUAAGACUUUGGCUCGGCAAAAGUCACUUGCCUCAUCCACCCCAUUCUCCCCUACGCCUACGGCUAAGACCUCCCCUGAUGGAGGCGAUGAUGACCUUGAUGAUAUUGAAGAAUGGACUUUUGUCGGCGAUGAAACCGACAUUGAUAUCUCAAAGCGGAUGCGUGAGCGAGCUGCUUCAGAUGCUGACAGACUGGCCGACAAACUGGGUACCAAUAUGUUCCAAUGA